AUGGAAGGCCUCCAGAUAUCCAUAUGGGUACCAGGCAAGACACUCGAAGCUCACUUUGCAGAAGAAAAGUACCCGUUUUUUUUUUAUGAAAGUGAGAGAGACGUGGCAUUUCCUGGCAGGGAGUCUGUGGAAGAUCUGGUGAGGAGGGGUGAGAGGGCAGUGAGGGAGGUUGUGCUGCCGCAUGUGGGACCCAUGGUCAACACGGGGUGGGUGAGGGUAGAGGUACAAAUUCAGGGCGGGAUACCGGUGGAAAUCGGGGAUGGCGAGGUUCCUCCAGUAGAAGUGAUAGUGACGGACGAGGGCAGGGCAGAUCACCUUGAGGGCCUUCUCGACAGAGGCCCACUUCAAGGCAUGAAAGCGAUUAUGGGUGGAGGGGUGGUGAUGGAGGGAAAGAACCCGAAUGAGGCGGAGGCUAUCUCACAGACGUCUGCUGGGAAUUCGGUGUAG